AUGUGUGCUGCCAAGAUUCCGCGGAACUUCCGCCUACUGGAAGAGUUGGAGAAAGGCGAAAAGGGCCUGGGUGCAGAGGCAUGCUCGUAUGGUCUCGCUGAUGGCGAAGAUAUGAUGAUGAGCAACUGGAACGGCACUAUUCUUGGACCGCCUCACAGCGUCCAUGAGAACCGGAUAUACAGUGCCAACAUUCAUUGCGGUCCCGACUAUCCUGAUAACCCUCCUACCAUCCAGUUCACCUCGAAAGUCAACAUUCCCUGCGUCGACCAGAACUCUGGCAAGGUGGACCCUACUAAGCUUCCUUGCCUGGCUCAGUGGAAGCGAGAAUUUACUAUGGAGACAGUUCUGAUCGAGCUCCGGAGGUGA